AGUAAAUGACUGGUAAUACUUUCAAGCUUUCGUCUAACGUUAGCUUCGGCGCUGCUGAUGCUGAGCUGACUAAAAUAAAAAAAAAACCGACUUCGAUAGCAAAUAGCAAUCCAGUCUCGCGGCUACAACGCCCGCGGAUAGUCGCAGACACGGCGACAUCGUGUCACUUUAUUGUCGGUGUUAAGUUGUACAAAAUUUACCAAAACUGUGUGCUUAAUAAAUAAAUAGCAUCAUGGAUCCCGAAGCAUUCUUGGAUUUGGCCAACCAGGUCAUAAAAUUAAAAAUGUAUCCAUAUUUUGAUGUGGCACAUUCUCUAUUAUGUGCUCUAGCAGUGAGGGAAGAUUUAGGAUCUGGCGCGCAGGCUUUCUCUCGUAAACAUCCUUUGGCGUGUUGGUUGUCUACUAUGCUGGUGAUCUUCGCGGGCGGCAUGGUGGCCAACGGCUUGCUCGGGGAGCCCAUUCUCGCCCCGUUAAAGAACACGCCACAGCUGCUUAUUGGAACCGUCACCUGGUACAUUGUGUUUUACACUCCAUUCGACGUCGGAUAUAAAGUGGCCAAGUUCCUACCGGUGAAGAUAGCUGCGUCCGCCAUGAAAGAAAUCUACCGUGCCAAGAAAGUCUAUGACGGUGUCAGUCACGCCGGCAAAUUGUAUCCUAACGCCUACAUCAUUAUGAUCAUUAUUGGAACAAUUAAAGGCAAUGGCGCCGGCUUCACAAAACUUGUGGAGCGCCUCGUCCGCGGCGCGUGGACUCCUACUGCGAUGGAAACUAUGCAGCCGAGCUUCUACACGAAGGCGUCACUUGUAGCAUCGGUGAUUUUCGUGUUGGACAAGAAGACGGACUUGAUCUCUGCGCCACACGCCCUCGUGUACUUCGGCAUUGUCAUUUUCUUUGUCUAUUUCAAGUUGUCGUCAAUAUUGCUGGGUAUCCAUGAUCCCUUCGUUCCGUUCGAGAACUUGUUCUGCGCUCUGUUCCUUGGUGGCAUUUGGGACUCGCUUGCCAAGCUGCUCGGCAAGGGACAGCCUAAGGAAGAGACCAAGGAUACCAAAAAGACGAAUUAGCGCACCAAUUACGUCGCUGAACACUGCGCUACGUUGUCAAUUGACACCGACAAUAUUGACUGCGACGUUUUAAAUAAAUUAUAUGCAAUAAUAAAUUUCUUUUUAUUAUUGUAUGUAAUUUUUCAUUAAACAUCACAAAAUAUAAAAUCGUAAAAAAAUAGAAAAAUGCAUAAAAUUAAAAAAAAUGGCACAACGACCAAGUUGGAUAUUUGUUAAUUUUAAGUUGAACUAGUCGUAACUCAAGGUAUUUGAGAGAUAAGUUAUAAGUUUUGUGUUUUUGCACUUGUUUAGUUCCUUUGACCAAAGUUUGUAGUUAUUAUUUUCUGUUAGAUGACUGCCGCUAUAGACGCCUUGUUUGCCAGUGCAAUCUACAUGCCAAAAUAAUUUAAUAAAAUUACGUUUAUGAUUGACGUAGUAAACUAUUAUACUUACUUAAUCUUAAUGUAUUAUUAUUAUUAUUUAUUUGCUUACCCGUUUUUAAUUUUGUAUACUUGUUUAUAAGAAAUACAGUUGACCCGCGGUAAUCUGACAAACGUUUUGCAAGUCGGUGUAUGAUUAUCAAAUUUGUAUAUCCUACACCGACUUGCAAGUACAGAGUACUACCACAGCCUCCUGGUAGUCCGAAACUUUUUGAAAAAGUCAUGUGAUGCACAAUGAAUACCUAAACAGUACCUAAUAGUUAACGCCCGCUAGGCCGCUACCAUAGUCACAUUUAAACUCCGGGGCCGGAUUACCGAGGGUCCACUGUAUAGCUAAAAAAUUAUAAAAAAACUUCGAGCAUUGAAGCAUAAUUUAAAGUUAAGUAUUCGACCGAAUAUCGACAUUUCCGACUUCCUUUAAAUUUUUUGCAUUAUGCAUUAUUUUAUUGAAUUCCAAUAAUAUUUCCAUCGAAGCGUCUGACCAAAUCGCAUGGGUGCAAGCGAUAAGGGACACAUGUUUCGUAUAUUAAAGUGUAAAUUAUUUAUUUAUGUAAUUGUUUGCAAAAAUGUUUUACUGAACUGACUGUAGUUGUUUGGAUAAUAUUGAAAGAAAUAUGAAAUUAUUUGUUACAGGUCUUAUUUCAUAUUUUAUUAAAUUCUAUGAUUUUAUUUUAUACAUUCACUACUAUUAUUUUUGGAAAUUUAUCUAAAUUGACUUUGUAAUGUUUUGGGUUAUACUGAAGGAAGUAUUAAAUUGUUUUUAUUUC